AGUCUCAUUGUGUAUUGAACACAGAAGGAUUAUCACUUUACUAACAAGAAACUAAAACAUUAUCAAUUAAAAUGGCCAACUUGAACCUUUCUCCAUCAGAAGUUGCUUCUAAAGUACCAGAAUUGAGAACAAAAUUCAACGAAAAAUUCCAGAGUGAAAUUGCUUCUGGUAAAUUUGACGAAAGAGACGUCUCUAGAUUCAACAGCGAUGACGCUUAUGCAAGAUGCUUCUUGAGAACUAUGAAGGCUAAAGGUGAUGUUGAUAAGGCUGUUGAUGUUGUUCAAGAAGCUUUUAUUAUGAGGAAGGAAUAUUUAGUAAAUGACUUUGACGAAGAUAAAGUACCCCAAGAAAUAAAAGAUAGAAAUGGUAUUUUUUACAGAGGAAAGGAUAAGGAAGGUCACCCAAUCCUUUACAUUGACGUUAAACAAAAUACUGCUAGCGGAGACGAAGUUGUCCUUCUUAAGUGUUAUAUUGCCGGUAUGUUUGAAAAACAUCACCGAACAAAUCCGGAACAAAUGUGUGUCGUUUUCUUCGACAUGUCCAGCGCCGGUUUGAGCAAUUUGAAUAUGGAUAUUACCAAAUUCAUUAUCAGCUGUUUUAAGGUUGCUUUCCCAGCUUUCUUGGCCUAUAUGAUCAACUACGAUAUGCCUUUCAUCCUAAAUGCUGCCUGGAAGGUAAUCAGCAGUUUGGCUAGUGGAGAUCAAAGUAAGAAGAUUCAAGUCGUGAAGAAGGGAGAUCUUACAAGACUUAUCAACAAAGAAGAACUUUGGGGACACUUGGCCGAAAAGAACUAAAAAGUCAUUUGACAAAAAUUCCAAGAAGAAACCCAAUAAAUUGACUUAUUAGACCAGUAGAUAGAUGUUUGUUUUACAUAGUAAGAGAAAAUGUACUAUCUCUAUUGGAAAGAUAGAUAAUUAAGUAAAAAUAAAUUAAUAAACUGAAAAAUUCACAAACGUCCUAGUUUUGUUUCCCUCCUAAGUUAAUACUAGCAUACUAGAAAUAAGGAAAAAAAAAUAACAUCUGCAUAAUAUUUAAAAGGUACUUCAUCACCUCAGGAAAAAGCACAAAAAGGAAACUAAUUUAAGAGCAAAAAAAAAAAACGACUGAUAAAUUCAAUUAUCAUUGUUACAAGUAGCAAAGUUCAAAGGGUAGAGAGAACGAAAAUUAUAUACUGCAAAUGAAAGAAACAAUAGUAAUUACGACAGUAAAAAGAAAUAUUAUUCAUAUUUACCGGCAAAAAAAUUUAUUAACUUAAAGAGAGAGAAAGAGAGAGAGAUAAAAAAAACAAAAGAGAAUUCAAUUACUUUAAUAAAGAGAAAUAAGCAUAUAAAAAAAUUACACUUGUAUAUACUGUAUAAAUAAUAUAAUAAUAAAGUAGACACCAUAACCUAUAAAGACACAUUUUUAUUUUAACUUGUACGAGGCGAAGUAUUCAUUAAUGUUGACGUUAUCAAUGUUGACGGUGUCGUUGGAAUCUUGUCGAUCUUGGGUACGUGGAAAAAGUAUAACUGAUGAAAAGGAAAAAAAAUAGAAAAUUCAAGUCAUAAUAAGCAGUUACAAUCCGACAUAUCUAUUAGUACAUCAUAUCUUAUCUAUAAAUUGUAUAUGGAAAUACUAGAGAAUGCAUAUGACUAUUUCUUAUUGUAAUCUAUAAUUAGAUUAUGACUAAUAACGGUUCGUAAGGUGGACUUAGGUAUACUGACCACAAAUCCUACGGCUAGAGCAC